CACAGCCAAAAGCCAGCCUUGGCGCGCAGGUCGCACGAGGUUGAGUUUGUUUACAACCGCGUUCAUUCGCGUUUGUGAAAAUCUGAGUGCGCUUGAAGUUUUUUGAUGCCCGUGAGACCUAGGCCUUCAAGUUGAAGACCAUGGCGGGAAUUCCAGCGGAUUAUCUUGAGUGGUCGGAGUCUGACGAUGACGAGAUUGUAUUUGGAGAUGACUACUGCCCCGACGACAUGCCAAAACUACUGGAGGCUCCUGUGCCAGCUCUGUGCGAUGUCAAGAAGUUGGAGAAAGACGAAGAAAUCUCAGUCGUGCCACGGACGUCACCAGAAUUACAGGAAGACUUUCGAGUGGCAGUGACAAGAGGCAAUGUUGAGCUUGCUCGUAACCUAAUUGCGCAAGGAUUGAAUGUCAACAGGGAGUACCGAUGCAACUGGUCUGCGCUGGUGCAGGCCGGUUACAGUGGCUGUGCUGAGAUGGUACAGCUGCUGAUCGAUCAUGGAGCAGAUGUGAACGCUGCUAAAGGUUUUGCCACACCACUGAUGGCAGUGUGUGGUUCUCAGAAAGGCACAGAGGCAGCCUUGGUCACGUGUGCCGAGGUUUUGUUGAAGCAUGGGGCGGACCCCGAUUUGGCCGACAGGGAUGGCGUAACACCUCUCAUGUUGGCUGCACGAGAAGGCUACUGUCAACUUAUAGAGCUGCUGUUGGAUCGAGGUGUUGAUGCAAAACGCUUGGAUAGCCAGGGGUGGACAUCUCUAAGCUGGGCAGCCUUUGCGGGGCAAGGCAGGGCUGCCCGUUUCCUUCUCAUGAAGGUGCCUUUUGAUAUGAUCUCGCUUGUCACACUCGAUGGACAGAUGCCCUCGGAUCUGGCCCUCUCCCAAGGAUACCACAAGCUUUCGCAAAUCUUGUCCAAGUUUGAGACUGAGUGUCGGCAGAAACGCAACGAUGGAGAUGCACCAAGCCUCGAUUCGGCAGAACCAUGGACUAUAAGCCAGUCUACAAGGAAAUAUCGGGAUGCCUUUGGUGAUGUGGCCUUGGUCCUGGCUGCCAUUGGAGCAGAGGAACGCCUACCAUUGUUUCAGGAGCAUGGUGUGACUUUUCAAGAGAUGCUGAACCUCGACGAAGAGGCUCUCUGCAAGAUGGGUAUUGAAUCGGAGGAAGAACGUGCAAAGAUUAUUGCAGGCGUAGAAUCCACCAGACGCUUCCAAAUAGUUUCCUCAUCAUCGGGUGUCAAUGUGGACUAUGCGUUGGAGUCAUUCUUGUCAGCUGUAGACACAGUAGAACUUGGAGACACUCUGCGAGAGCAUGGUGUGAGCACUCUGGACACCCUGCUGAAGUUGGAUGAGGAGGGCCUCGAGAGAGCUGGCAUCACCCAGGUUGGCUCGCGGGCGCGCUUAGCAGCUGCAAUACGUCGGGCUCACCAGUUGCCAUGGCACAAGAGUAGCGUACCAGACUUUCGCAAGGCAUCCACCAUCACGUGCCCAGAGGCGGUGUCUGUUGUGUCCACCCUGCGUCAGCACCUGGGUCACCUAGAGGUGUCAGUAAGCCACCUGGGGAAUCACCUGACCAAGAGACCCCAAGAUUUGCAGCUGGGUCGUGACCUCUGUAGCACCCGCCACUUGCGUAAGGAGCUCAGGGAAGCCCACGAGGCACUGUGCUCAUUGGCCAUGCAGAUGCGCAAACUAGACCAACUGGCAGCUAAGGUGGAAGGAUGCGUCGAGUACCAGCCACAGUGGCCACCGCUGCCUGCUAAGGUGAAGCGGAGCAAACACUUGGUGUGGCUGCCUUUGUGCCUUUUGUUCACGACACUGUGGACUUGCAAAUUCGUUGGUCGGCUUGGACAUUGGCCACUUCUGCCAGGGUGGUCCUUACAUCGCACUGUGUGA